AUGACAACAGAACUUGGCGGUGGCACAGGAACAGGCGCAGCUCCUAUUGUGGUUGAAUUUGCAAAAGACUUGAACGUUUUUACUAUUGGCGUUGUCUCAAUGCCCUUCCCCAUGGAGGGAGUUCAAAUCCAUUCCCAAGCUGUAAAAAGCUUUCAAAAUCUGAAGCUUCAUGUUGAUCAUUGA